AUUUAUUUGCCUUUUUCCCCCUUUCAUCGUUAUGCGCAUUCCCCGCACUUUUACCUGCACUUGCUUCUUGGAGUUCUUGAGAAGAUAAACAUGUAGCAAGUGCUCUUAGCCAGGACAUUCGCCACACCUCAGUCCAGCUGAGGGCCAUCAGUAUUUACUGUUAACAGCUGAUUUAAUGCAAUAGCAAUAUAUAGACACAGACAUCCUGAAUAACAUCCUGGACUGGGUUUGGCCAUGUCUGGUUCAAAAGUGGCUCAUUCCUGCUGAGAAAGGGGCUUCUCAAAAUAGCAGAAACCAGUAAGGGACAGCUGUUGUUGGAAUUUGAGGAUGAAAACUUUCUUCAGCAUCACACAGAUUGUGAUAUUUUCCAUGGAUGGUAUCAAAUAGAGUUGAACCUCUCCAAGUCAAAUUUCAAAUAAGGACCAGCAAAAAAAGCAACGUAGAGAGGCUGUUGAGGAUCAAAAAAUCAUCAACAAAGAAGAAAUUUAUCAAGGAAAAAAUGGGACAAGUACCCAGAGUAAUCGAUGGCAUCGAGUACGAUAUUGCAACUGACGACGAUGCGCAAGAAAUUGCAGAACUUUUCAUCAGUGACUUUUGUCUAACUGAGCCACUCAACAAAGCACUGAAGGUCACUCAAUUCGAAGCCAGGACCCCAGUAGAAUUUGGCGUGAGGAAAGUGAUCAAAGACGGCAUCAGCGUGAAAGCAACCGAUAUUUCGAGCAAAAAAAUAGUUGCUGGUCGUUUGUCAAUGAUUGUUGAUUCUGCCAAGAAGGGAGAAGACGCUGUUGCACUUCGGGAGAUUUUCCAGGUUGUUCCGGAACGUCUUCAUCCCCUUAUUAAUUUUGUCACUCAAGUUGCCAGCGCAGAAAUGCCCGAUAUUUUCCAAAAAUUUGGAGUUGACAAGUAUGUCGAAUUCAUGGCUGUGAACGUGAACGUUGACUACAGGGGAAAGAGAAUUGCACAAAACAUUUUGAACGUGGCUUAUGAUGUCUGCCGAAGCAAGGAAUUUCAUGUUGUUAAAGUUCUUGCAACAAAUCCGAGAACUGCGCACAUUUUCCAGAAACAGGGCUUUGAAAAGGUCGCAAGCUACAAGGUUUUGGAUUACAUUCACGACGGAAAAUCCUAUUUCGAAGGGAUUGAAGAACUUGAAAUUGCAAAAACCUUCCUUAGAGACCUGCGCACUGCUCAAUAGUCGAAUAUGACUGUAACCCGCUGUUUCAACUGAAACCAGAUGAUUAAUUAUUUCAUUUUUGUUGUUGAAAAUUUGGGGCGUUCAUUCGUGCGAAAUGGUGUGAAUGCGAAGAGCUUAUCAAUUAUGAACGACACCUGUUUUCAACGCAUGAAGCUCAAUCUCGUAUGGUUUCUCCUUGAACAAUAGGUGUCUGGAAAUGCACACUUUAUCGCAAUUA